GGACAGCUGCGUGUCUCCAGCGCACAACAAAGAAUGAAAGCAUUCAAACGAGCUCUGGAGGAAGAGCGCCCGGAGCAGGAGCACUCCUCGGCCAUGUCGGACAGCGAUGACGGAGCCCCACUCGACCUGUCAGGAAGGGGGCUCCUAGGGAAGCGCCGUCGCCGUGGCAACCUGCCCAAGGAGGCGGUGCAGAUUCUGCGGAGCUGGCUUUACGAGCACCGCUUCAACGCCUACCCGUCGGAGCAGGAGAAACUCAGCCUGUCAGGCCAGACCAACCUCUCAGUGCUGCAGAUAUGCAACUGGUUCAUCAACGCACGUCGCCGCCUCCUCCCUGACCUGCUUCGCAAGGACGGAAAAGACCCCACCAAGUUCACCAUCUCCAGAAAGGUUGGUGGUAAAAGCGAUGGCCACUCAUCUAACGGAGGGGGCGCCAGUUCCCCUGAGAGAAACUCUUCCCCGAGUUCAUCUCAACAGCGCCCGUCUGUCAUCCGCUCCGGGCCCACGCUGGACCUCAGUCUUCUUGGCAACACGGCGACGGCCAUCUUGACGGGAGCAGGCUACCCGGGUAUAGAAGGAUCCGUGCAGGCGCUCCUGAGGCUGGACACACAAAGUUUGCUUAGGGAAGCAGAGGAGCAAGGGUUUAAUCAAGCUUGUCUUACCAGCACAACAAUGGCAGCUAGCCCCAACAGCGGCCUCUUCAACACGCCUCCCCCAACUCCCCCCGAGCUGUUCCCCACGCAGGACUUCAGCGACUUGAGGCUCCUAGUGGACGCAGCUCUACAGAGGGCAGCGGAGCAAGAGAACCUGAAGAGGCUGCAGGAGAGCCAGAGCAAACCAGCAGAGGUUGUAAAGACUGAACCAGUGGAAGCACAGUGCAGUGCCUACAGCAGUGAAAUGGGCCCCACGCCACCUCCAGAAGACAGCCAACAGGUGAUGGAUGCCUCCAGAGCUCAGAGUCUGAUGGAAAAGGCGAUGGCAGUUGCGGUGUCUGCUGUAACUUCGGGCAAGACUCCAGUGGCUCAGUCCCCAGCAGCCCCGCCCCUUGGACAAGGACACAGCCAGAUCCUCCAGCCCAAACCAGCCUCAGCUCAUGCCGGCCCAUCUGCCAACCUUAAUGCAACUGUCGGCUUCUGUUUUCGGACAGCUGGAUUCUCAGAAAGCAGCGGCUGCUCCUUCAUCAGCGCCAGUCUCGAGCUUAGCUCCAGCUCCACUGCCCACUUCUAUCAGUGCAACAGUGCCAGCUACAAGCCCAGUCUCUGUGCCAUCACCAGUCCUAAUAAGUCCCACCUCUGUCUUGGCUUCACAUCAAACUGUAGCGCUUGUUUCAACAUCUCCUGCCGCGGCCAUUACCUCUCUCGCAUCCCCCAGAGGAUUCCCACUUUACCUGCCAUUCCACAAAUCCCCUCUAAUCCCCGUCAGAGUUCCGAGUCCAUCAACCGUCUCAACCUCAGCAAUGUCUCCAGCCCCUGCUGCCCCCCCAGUCUUUCCCUCUGCCCAGGCUUCAGUUCAUGUCCCAGCUUCAGCCCUGACGUCCUCCGCCUCUCCAACGAUCACACCUCUCGCAGGCCUCAUCUCCCAGCGCUCUCCUCCUCUUCAGCCCUCUUCCACAAGCGGCAUUAG